AAAUAAUACACUUGGAGCUUCUAAUGAAAGCGUCGGAAUACGGUGUAGAUGAUGCGGUCGUACCCAUUAUGACAUGCCUCGAUCAAUUGAAAAAGAGAAAAGGAACUAACCAAAUAAAAUUAGAGGAUACGUUUAACGCAUUAACGGCCUAUAAGAACUAUACUUUUUUUAUUAUAUUAGAGUUGCUUCAAGAGGAGGUAGGGGACAUCAUCGUUAUGGAAAGCGCAUGUUGA